AUGCGGAGACUCUUGCCAAUGUGCUGGUUGCAAUUGCACCAAAUCCAAAGUUUUCGUCAAUAAACAGGUUGAAACUGACCCUGGCUGUGGUAACAGCACCUGCGAAUGUGGAGAAAAUUGCAGCUGCUCUGAAUCGAGUUGCAGAUCAAUACUUUGCUCUUUUAUGA